AUGACUCUAAGGCUUCCGGUGCGCUACAGCAUCACGGGCGGAAACCGCGACGGCCUCUUCACGAUCGACCAGCGCUCCGGCCGCAUCACGCUGGCGGCGCCGCUCGACUACGACCUGCACGCGAAGCACGAACUGGUAGUGAAUGCAGAGGCGAAGGGAAAGACCGUUCACUCCAUCGUGCAGGUGACGGUGGCAGAUGUGAACGACAACGCCCCUGAAUUCCUGGAAACGGAUCUGAUCGUCUCUGUUGUAGAGGAGGAAGACCAGGCCCUGCCCGCGGUCAUUGCCAAGCUGCUCAGCGAGGUGGCCCAUAAUAGUGUAAUCUAA